CAGGGACCGUGCGAAGUGGGAGCGGGGCGGGCGGUGGUGCUGCAGCACGGGUGUCGGGGCGGGUACCGGAUCCUGGAUAUGGGAUGCGACGGAGCCACGUGGGAUGCAGCAGGUGGCAUCAGAGGCAGUGGACAGAUGGCGAACGUGACAGAGGGUGCUGGGAGCCUCCCCAGCGCAGAGCUGUGGGCCUCCCACAGUAAGAUGCUACUGGAGCCACUUGAAAGCAAUGACCCUGAGGUGUACAACAUCAUCAAGAAGGAGAAGCAGCGGCAGAGGCUGGGGCUGGAGCUGAUUGCGUCAGAGAACUUUGCGAGCUGCGCAGUCCUGGAGGCACUGGGAUCCUGCUUGAACAAUAAAUACUCUGAAGGCUACCCUGGACAGAGGUACUACGGUGGGACCGAGUUUGUAGAUGAGCUGGAAAGGCUGUGCCAGAAGCGAGCCCUGCAGGCAUUCCGCCUCGAUCCCCAGAAGUGGGGUGUCAAUGUCCAGCCCUACUCAGGGUCACCUGCUAACUUUGCGGUGUACACGGCCCUGGUGGAGCCCCAUGGCAGAAUCAUGGGGCUGGACCUGCCUGAUGGGGGUCAUCUAACCCACGGGUUCAUGACGGAUAAGAAGAAGAUCUCUGCCACCUCUGUCUUCUUCGAGUCCAUGCCCUACAAGGUGAAUCCCAAGACUGGUUACAUUGACUACGACCGACUUGAGGAGAAUGCCCGUCUGUUCCACCCCAAGCUGAUUAUAGCAGGUGUCAGUUGUUACUCACGCAACCUGGACUAUGCCCGCAUGCGACAGAUUGCCGACGCCAACAGCGCCUACCUGAUGGCCGACAUGGCCCACAUCAGCGGGCUGGUGGCCGCGGGCGUCGUGCCCUCACCGUUUGAACACUGCGACGUUGUCUCCACCACCACCCACAAGACCUUGAGGGGCUGCAGGGCCGGCAUGAUCUUCUAUCGCAAAGGCACCCGCAGCACGGACCCCAAGACAGGAAAGGAAACACUCUACAACCUGGAGAGCCUCAUCAACCAAGCGGUCUUCCCUGGGCUGCAGGGAGGGCCACACAACCAUGCCAUCGCAGGGAUUGCUGUGGCACUGCAGCAGACCAUGACUCCCGAGUUCAAGGCUUACCAGCAGCAGGUGGUGGCCAACUGCAAGACACUGGCAGCAGCGCUCAUGGAGCUGGGCUACAACAUUGUAACAGGGGGCUCUGACAACCACCUCAUUCUCCUGGACCUGCGCAGCAGAGGUACAGACGGUGGCCGGGCUGAGCGGGUGCUGGAACUCUGCUCCAUCGCCUGCAACAAGAACACAUGCCCUGGUGAUGUCAGUGCCCUCCGUCCCAGCGGUCUGCGUUUCGGGACACCAGCUCUCACCUCCCGUGGCUUUCGGCAGGAUGAUUUCCGCAUGGUGGCUCGGUACAUCCACAAAGGCAUCGAGCUGACGCUGCGCGUGCAGAAGGACAUGAGCCCCAAGGCCACGUUGAAGGAAUUCAAGGAGAAACUGGAGGAGGAAAAAUACCGGGGAGAGCUAAAGGCACUGAAGGAAGAGGUGGAGGCAUUUGCAGCAACCUUCCCACUCCCAGGACUGCCAGUCCUGUAACGGGAGGCACUGUGCCCACUCUCAGAGCGUGGCCCACUCACACCCCUGGAACGAGCCCUGGUGCCUUCUCCCUGCACCUUCCUGCUGGCACUGGCCCCAUGCAGCAGCUCCUCAUCUGACUCUUCCUCACCUCUCCCCUCCCGUUUCCAACACCAGAGCCCCUCUGAGCUAGAUUUUACCACUAGAUUUUACAAAUGGGCCUGAGCAGAAGGAAAUCCCUGACCUCGAGGCAAGGUUUGGGAUUGAUCUGCUGUGGGAGCAGUAGAUGAGAUAACACAGGCUUCCUGUCUGCCUUCACAACCAGGAGGGACAACCAGAAGCCAGCACUCAGGGUCCCAUGCCCAGGAACCUCGCACCCUUACAAAGUCUUCCUGGCUUCAGCCUCCAAGACUCGACUUCCUACACACACACCAGCCUCCUUUUGGGCCUCCACACAUUUUGCCAGGGCUGAGCCUUAUCCCAUACCCAGAGAACAGCCCUGCCGGGGCCACCAGUCCAGCUCCACCACAGCACAAGCCAACACCUCCAGCGGUUUCUCAGACCUCUGAGGACAUACCUUAGGUAGAACCAUUUUUUAAUAAGCACAGUAAAAUUAAGAAUUUAACCACAAUGUAUGACAAGAAUUAUAAGCUUUAAAAAAUACAACCAAUUUUUGUAUUUCAAAAAUAUCUGAACCCAAAUAAAUAAUUUUUUUUUAAAGUA